AGUCGACGCAUGUCCCUGUUCCUUGUGCUUGUCUUGUUUUUGUGGCGUCAUGACCAAUCGCUUCCUGUCUUCCCGACACACCUUUUCCCUAUUUUCCGACUCAUUUCUCCUGUACCCUGUUUCACUACUUCACGUGGUACUAAUGAAGUGAGAUGGAGUGCAGUGUUUCGAGACGUUCAGCAACAUAUGUACCUUUCAGUUACAGUCGCCGUCAUGCCUGGGACAAACGAGCAUUUUCGCUGGCUAGAGCCUUUCAAGCACGAGAAGUAUGAAUUAGAACAUGCCGAGGGACCAGUGGGUUUCCUCAACCCGACAAGAGCUCAUUUCCAACUCCACGGAGCCACUCAAUCUCUAGCGAAGAGCAGUCCUACCAAACACGACGAAAGCGAAGGCAGUGAUGGCAUUGGUGACCAGAAUCACGAGAACACCAAGAAGGAAGACGAAGUUCCCGCUGAGAAUGUUCGAUUUCUGUGGCGCUCGCGAGACAAUCGGAAGGGCCGACAUGCUCUACUUGUUCAGAGACCUGCGCCUGGUGAGGUGGCGCAGUACCUGACGCCUCGGCGGACAAAUCACUACAAAGAAGUCCUCAAGAACAUCAAGUUGACGUUUACGUAUUUUCCAGUUUGGGAUAUCUCCUACCUUGUGGCAUUGAUUUUCACCUUGGGAAGUGUGGUUUGGGUGAUCAACGGCUUCUUCGCGUGGCUUCCCCUCGUAGCGCCAUCCACCGAGUUUCACAACGAAAUUUAUGUGGGGGGCGGUGUGACAGCCUUUAUAGGAGCCAUAUUGUUUUUUGAGGUUGGCUCUAUUCUCUUGAUCAUUGAAGCAGUCAAUACCAACAAUACUGGCUGUUUCGGAUGGGCGGUCGAACAGCUUCUCGAGGACAACGGCCCCUCCAAGGGCCCCAUGUACCAGUUUCGCGCUAGCCGUCGUCACUGUCGACAUCACCACCAGAACCGGCGGAACUUCGUCGGCAAGGCUUCCCAUACCCUGGCAGAUGGAGCGCAAUUGGCAGCGCAUACUUCCAAGGACGGUCCAAGUUGGCGCUGGUUUCCUUCAUGGCACGAUCUUCGCACGCAUUAUAUCCACGAACUGGGCUUUCUGGCCGGUGCAGCUCAAUUAUUUGGAGCGACUAUCUUCGGAAUUUCAGGCUUUACCGCUUUACCCGGCAUCAUCAACCACUUGACGCCUCAGCGCGUUCUGAAUGGCGCAUACUGGAUUCCUCAAGUCAUUGGCGGCAGCGGGUUCGUUGUGAGCAGCACACUGUACAUGCUUGAGACGCAGCAGAAGUGGUGGAAGCCGGCUUUGCAUGUUCUCGGGUGGCAUAUCGGGUUCUGGAACCUCAUUGGAGCCCUCGGUUUCACGCUCUGCGGCGCAUUGGGUAUGGCAUACGGCAAUUCGGGAGCACAGUACCAGGCUUCCUUGUCUACUUUCUGGGGAUCUUGGGCCUUCUUGAUUGGUAGCUAUUUGCAACUCUACGAAAGUUUGGAUACGCAUCCAGUCGAGGAAGUGUCGUCAGACACGAUGUCCAAAAAUACGAAAUGAUGUACAGCUAGCAAUAUUUAGGGUCGCAAAAAGUGUCUGGUCUUUAGCUUGGAAAAGCAACUGUAUUAGUUAUCAAAGUGUAAUGUGAAGCAGUG